AUGGUACUCGAGAUUAAGAAUAUGGAACCGUCGAAGGCCACUGUGGUUGUAGAGAAGGCGACUGAAGAUCCGGUGGCGGCUUCAAGCGACACUGAGUGGGAGCAGGUGACGGAGCAGGACCGGACGUUGAAUCCGGUGGAGGAGGCGCCUGCGGUUGUCGAGCUUGUGGCGGAUGGACCGGUUGUGGUUGCUGACUCGGUAGUUAUUGCGCCGUUGGUUGCUGCUCCGUCGGAGGGUGGAAUUAUGUGA